AUGAAUAACUACGCAUAUUCUUAUAAUCCAUAUUUUUAUUCAGAUGUUAGCACUAGCAAUGCCCAACCAAACCAGCAACAGCAGCCAAAGCAGCAAUCUCCUCAAACUCAGCAAUCAUAUAUGGCAAAUCCGUACGGCGAUCCAACAUUUCAGCCAGUUUACAUGCAAAUGUGGAAUGACAACAAUCCAGAACCGAGAUAUGAAAAUCCAUAUAACUUCGGUAGCGCUAUGAAUACAAAUUUGCCUUAUGAUAACGGCAAUGAUGAUAAAUCCAACGUUGUUGAAUCUUACCCACAAAAUAUUGGCGAUAGUACCUACGCUUCGAUGAUGAGAAUGAACUCGGAACCAGAAUUAAACCUUAAUGAUCAAAAUCCUGUUCCAAUCAACCAGCCAAUACAUGUAGUUGCUCCAGAACCAGUUCAACCGCCACAGCCCGUAGAUGAAAAUCUAUUUAAACCAGCACAAAAUCAGGAAAGAGAUCUCGCUCAAGAAUUAGGUUUCGAUAGCGAAGAUCCACCUAUCACAAGAGAACCAAUUCCUCCAGAGCCUUACAGAUCAGAUUCUUCAGAUUCUAAACCAAAUACAGAAUUUUCUCCACCAGCUUCUCAAUCAGAAGAGAAUUUCGUUAAUCCUCCAGUUCAAGAGCAACCUCAAAUACCUCCACCCGUCGAUGAAAUUUCUCAAAUGCUCGAAGAUGAUGAUAAUGAAGAGCAAUUAACUGAAAUUUCAGCAUUACCAGAAACGGUCGAUCCACAACCUGCUCCAACUGUUCCUGGAGAAGAACCAACACCACAAAAUACAAAUCUUCAAGAAGCAGUUCUUGUUGAAGAGAAACCAGUUCCACAAGAAAUUCCACAGCAAAACGCAAACGUAUAUACUCAACAAAUACAAGAAUUACAAAAUCAAAUCAUUUUAUUACAAAAUGAAAUUUCGGAUCUCAAAAAUUCUCUCGCUUCUCAAGAAAAAUCAUAUAAAGUACAAGUUUCUACUAUCAAAGAAUCGUCACAAUCGAUUAUACAGAACUUACAAGACAAGAUUUCCUUAAAUCAAGUCCAAUUCGAAAAGGAAAGAGAAGAAAUGCAAGCCAAGAUGCAAGUUUCCGAAGAAAUUCAUAACAAGCAAAUCGAAGAGCUCCAAAACGCAUCAAAGCAAAGAGAAGCAGCAUUUCUCACUCAAAUCCAAAAUAACGAGCAAAAAUUUACCCAAGAGAAAAGUGACAUGGAAAAUCAAAUUGCCAAACUCGAAGAAGACCAUUCCAAGGAGAAAACUGAGCUCGUAAACAAGGCCGCUCUAUUCGAGCAACUCUACAACGCGCAAAGAGAAGAAAUGCAAACAAAAGGUGACAUUUCAACAGCAACAAUCAACCAAUUACAGGAGAAACUCCAGAACGCAUCACAAGCCAGCCAAGAGGAAAUCUCCAAGUACAAGGCAGUCAUUGAAAGACAAGACCUCCAAAUCAAACAGUUGAUUAAAACUCUUAAUGAUCAAAAAGUGUCACCAAAAAGUGACAAACAUGUACGUGAUCUUAGCAAAUUCAAGCAAGGCCGAGUUGGUGGUCUUAAGCUUAUGCUUGGUACUAUGAUUGAUACUAAGAGAAUGGCUUUCGAAACGAAGUUCCAGUCGAAAGUUUUCGUUGACAAAGAAAAUGGAGUAGUUGUUCUUCAAAACGUCGACGCGACUGUUACAAACGAAGAAUGCUCUUACCAAGUAUCAAUUCUUGAAUGCGAAGGCACAAUCAAACAGGCAGGAGCAGCCAAUCCCCCUCAGAACUCUCCUUUCGCUUCACAAGUUGUUCAACAACCUCCAAAACCAAUCCCUUCUCAGCCACAACAACAACCAGUUCCAAAUGAUCCUUAUUCAACACAACAAAGACCGUUCCCUCAACAAAAACCAUUAGAUCCUUAUUCCCAGCAACAACAACAACAAAUGGCUAAACCAAGCUAUCCACAACAACAACAGCCAGUUCCUAAUGAUCCUUACUCUUCACAACAGAAACCAAUGACAAAACCACCUCAACAACCAAUGAAUUAUCCUCAACAGCAACAGCCAAUGCCAUCUGAUCCAUAUUCAUCACAACAAAAACCAGGUUAUCCACAACAGCAGCAACAACAACAACAGAAGCCAAAUGAUCCUUAUUCAUUACAACAAAUGAAUAAACAAAACUAUCCUUCUGAUCCUUACUCAUCCCAGCAAAAGCCUAACUAUCCACAGCAACAGCCAAAUUAUCCUUCUCCACAAAAACCAAAUCAACAACCAAGUUAUCCAUCUUCUCAACAAGGAACUCAGCAGCCAAGUUAUCCAUCUGCUCAAAAACCAAAUCAGCAGCCAAGUUAUCCACAACAGCCAGGAAAUCAACAACAAAAGGCGCCGAUGUCUAAUGAUCCAUAUGGUUCGCAACAGAGGAAUUUCCAGUAUAAUCCAAACCAGCAAAAGCCGCCAAUGUCAAAUGAUCCAUUUUCUUCCAAUCCAUAUAACUCUAAUUACCGUCCUUCUUCGCAAGUUACUCCACCUCAAAACCAGCAACAACAAGGAGGAAAUCCAUACACUCAAGGACAAAAUUACUCAAGCCAAGGAAAUCCAAGUUAUUUCAGUCCUCCUACUCAAUACAAUCCUUACCAGAAUAAGCCUGGAAAUCAAAGCCAGUAUGGUAUUUAUGACCAGAAUAACAACCCAUACUAA